AUGGCGAGCGUGGUGGUGAAAACGAUCUGGCAGUCCAAAGAGGUCCAUGAGGCCGGGGACCCCCCCGUGGGGGUCGAGAGUCGCUCCCAGCUGGUCUCCGAGGCUCCUGGGGGUGUGACCAGUCCAUUCAAAGGGAUCGCGAAGAGAAAGAAGGCCGUGUCCUUCCACGGGGUGGCGCCUCGGAUGUCCUAUGAGCCAAUGCACUGGUGCCUGAACCUCAAACGGUCCUCAGCCUGCACCAAUGUGUCCCUGCUCAACCUGGCCGCCAUGGAGCCCACCGACUCCUCGGGGACAGACUCAACCGUGGAAGACAGCGGCCUGCUGGCAUUGCCCGUGCUCAUCCCACCCCGGGCUCCAGAUGACACAGACAUCAUGGAAAUACUGAGUUGGGUUAACAGUGGACUGGUCCACGCCAAAGAUUCCAUCACCAGCUUGAAGGAAAAGACCACCCGGGUUAACCAGCACGUGCAGACGCUGCAGACUGAGUGUUCUGUGCUGAGUGAGAAUCUAGAGAGAAGGCGGCAAGAGGCGGAAGAACUAGAAGGGUACUGUCGUCAACUCAAGGAGAACUGCCGGAAGGUGACCCGGUCGGUGGAAGAUGCUGAAAUAAAAACCAACGUCCUGAAGCAGAACUCUGCCCUGCUGGAGGAGAAGCUGUGCUACCUCCAGAUGCAGGAUGAGACGCGCAGGAGGCAGGAGGCUGAGCUGCAGGGGCUGGAGCAGAAGCUGGAGGCUGGCCUCUCCCACCACGGCCUGGGCCUCGCCACCCAGCCCCCAGGCUGCUCCAGCCCGCCAGGGAGCCCCGACGAACCCCCGCGACGGCGAGGCCUGGCCCUAGGCGGCUGGGGAAUGGGGCCCCGGGCAGGGGAGGGCCCCACCGUGAGCGAGCAGGAGUUGCAGAAGGUCACUGCCGCCCUUGAAGAGCUGAGGAGGGAGGUGUCCUCACUGACCGCCCGGUGGCAUCAGGAGGAGGGGGCCGUGCAGGAGGCCCUACGGCUGCUCGGGGGCCUCGGCGGCAGGCUUGACAGCUUCCUGGGCCAGUGGGAGCGGGCGCAGCGCGAGCAGGCUCAGGCCACGCGGGGCCUGCAAGAGCUGCGGGGCCGGACGGAGGAGCUGUGCACCAUGGUGGAGCGGUCAGCAGUGUCUGUGGCUUCACUGAGGAACGAACUGGAGGAGCUGGGCCCAGUGAAACCGAUUCUGGAGGAGCUUGCGCAGCACUUUCAGAGCCCUCCUAGAGGGUCUGACCUCUCUAUGAACCUGGAUCGGGCCCCCCAAGGCUCCUGUGCCCGCUGUGCCAGCCAGGGACAGCAGUUGUCCACGGAGUUCUUGCAGCAGCUGCUGGAGCGAGCGCUGACCCCGCUAGUGGACGAGGUGAAGCAGAGGGGCCUGGCUCCUGCCUGCCCCAGCUGCCAGAGGCUACACAAGAAGAUUCUGGAGCUGGAGCGCCAGGCCUUGGCCAAACAUGUCAGGGCAGAGGCCCUGAGCUCCACCCUUUGGCUGGCCCAAGACGAAGCCUUGCGGGCCAAGAACAUGCUGCUGACGGACAAGAUGAAGCCGGAGGAGAAGGUGGCUGCUCUGGACUGUCUACACUUGAAGAUGUGCUCCCUCCACGAUCAACUCAGCAACCUGCCACUUGAGGGGUCCAUGGGGACAAUGGGGGGAGGAAGUGGUGGAACUCCCCCAAAACGUGGGGGCCCAACCCCUGAGCAAUAA